GGCAAGCAUUACGGGCCGGCCUCACGGCGGUGGCACUUGAGCAGCAACUACAGUCAACCUUCAAGAGAUAACCUUAGCACGUUAACGGCGGCGGCGGUGAGAAAAGGCGGGGGAGGGGGACUGGAGGUGAAAGGCGGCUGCUUUCGCUGUCUCCCCACCACCCGCGCACAGUGGCGGCGCUGACGGUGGCAGGAAAGGAAAGUGGCGAUCACACCAAACUCACAUACAGAUGGAGAUGGCAGAGACCUUGCAUGUAUUGCCCGAUGAUGGCAAUGGAAGUGCUGCAGUUCAGACUGAGCCUUAUUGCCAUGAAGACGCCAUUGAGGACAUGGAAUCUUUCUUGGAUGAAGUAAACGACAGGGUUCAUGUUUCAGGAAUUGUGACUGGUGCUAUCAUCAAGGGGAUCCUAAGUGAUGUGCGGCAAGAAGCUGCUAGCCAAAUUGCUCUCAAGGAUGCAGAGAUAUCAUCACUGAACCAGAAGCUGCAGCAGCCAGUAAAUGGCAGCUUGAGUUUAUCUGAGGGACGGGAUAAAAGACAUGAUGAGUUUUAUAGUCUCCGCCAGCAGCUUGACUCCAUUUCCAAGUCACUGUUGAAUUCUGAAUGGGGGCUAUCGGGAUCACAGCAUAACUUUGAAGAUUCAGAAAAUGCCAGCAAGCAGCAGGACAAAGAAAAUUCCUCUAGAAAUGGUGUAGCAAAGACCAUUCAUCCUGGAGACUCUAAAGAAGAAGUUUUUGGUGAUCCGAAACUCUUGGAUCACAUGGAUAAGGUUGCUUUGAUAGCCCAUUUCAAUAAAUCAAUGAAUGAGAUGAAAAGGCAGCAUGAUUCAGUUCUGUACCAGAGGACGGAAGAGAUAUUCAAACUGAAGCGUGAAAUCCUGAAGAAGGAUGGAUCAAACCCUUUUCAUUUACGAAAUAACAAAGAACUUGAGCAAACAAGGAAGAAAAUUGAGGAAGUCAUCUCAAAGUUGGAUGUGCUCCUCCUGGAGAAUAAAAGAGCCUCUGUCCGUAUCAAGUCAAAUGCAAUUCCUGGUCAACAAGAUAAGAACAAUGUAUUAGGUUCUGAAAUCGAGCAACUAGAAAGCGGUGCAAGUAAUAAUGAAGACUACCAUUGCUCUAUUCCAACUCACUCAUCACAUUUUGCAUCCAGAGAGGCAGAUCAUGAACUGAAUAUUGUAAGGCCUCAAUUUGACGUUGAAGAUGCCAGAAUUGCAGCCACCUUUAGAGAAGAAAUAGAAAGGAUUAUCAUAAAAGAGUUCAUUAGUGAAAUAAACAUAGAAUUGCAUGGUUAUGAGAUUGAGGGUGGUAUGAAGCAGGAAGUUUGCUCAAUAAUUCACAAUGAGGCUAUUGCUAGAGCAAUGUCAAACAUUGAUUCUUUGUUGUUGAAGUACGAGGAGAAAAAGGGUCAUGCUGAAGAGGAAUCUCUACAUAAGCAAAAGAUUGAAAAACUGAAACUAAUUGUGGAUUCCUUCACUGAAGUAUUGAGUGAAAAGGAGAAAUUUGUAUCACAGAUUGGAUUGGAAGCGAUGCAGACUCGCGUGGAGUCAAUGUGUUGUGAACUUGAUUUGUUAAGGGACAAAGUGGCAAAGCAAGAUUCCUACCUAUCUGAAAAGAACAGGGAAUUUGAUGCCAUUAUGUGCAGGUUGGAGCAAGCUCAGCAGCAUGUUCAACACAAUGAUGUUACCUUGGUUGAGCUGAAUGAUAGACUUAGAACCAUUUCAAACUCUCUAAAAGACCUAGAGAAACAGAAUCAAGCUCUACAUUAUGCCAUGGAAGAAAAAGAGAAGAUGCUAACAUCUGCUGUUUCCAAAGACAAUGAUAUGAGAGAAUUCAUGGAAAAUCUUGUUAAAUCUAUCAAAGAUUUUGAAAUUGUCAUGAUGAAUCAGCAGGCUGUUGUUGCAAAUAAAGUCGAUCAUCAUGAAUCAAGGUUCUGUUUAUUAAAAGAACAAUGUAAACACCUUGCAAAAGAAGGCAAUCUUUUAAGAAAGAAGGCCUUACGAUACAAAGAGAUAUCUGAGACAAGAGACUCUAAUCUUCAGAAAGCUGAACUUGAGGUGGAUUUGCUUGGUGAUGAGGUUGAGGCCUUAACGGAUCUUCUUGCAAAAAUCUAUACUGCACUUGAUCACUAUUCUCCAGUACUGCAACACUACACCGGCGUUAUGGAGACCUUGAGCAUGAUUAAGAAGCACAUUAGCAUGGCGAAGUAAAAUGCUUCUGGUCGGCUUGACACUGUAGAAUUGUAGGUUUGACAGCAGGCUUCCAGUGGUUUGACAUAAGUUUGUAGAAUUGUAGAUGGCAGCAAGCUUUUGUUUCCGACUCAAGGACUAGGUGAUUACCCCCUUUUGCAGGCAGAGUAGUGGUCUUGGUAGCUUUUGAGCACUCUGUAAAUGACCCAACCCAACCGUAGCUAUUAGUUCUUGUGCUUGGCUUUUGAUGCUAUGGCCUAUGGGCUUUGCCACCUGCUAUGCUGGGUUGCAAAGGUGAACUCUUGUAACAUUGGUAGCCGAGAGGAUGUUAGAGAAGCUGAGUUUUCAUGUGGAUCUUUAUUUUUUCCUGGCACAAUGGUAGAUAAAUCUACACUAUAGCCUGGCGUUCAGGCUUUGUAGUGAU